AUGUCUGUGCCGAAGUAUCCUGGGUUGUCCGAAGAAGUUGAGGAGAAUUACGAGACUGCAGAAACUAUGGACCCCGAGCUAUACAGGGCGACAACAGACGGUGACAUUCUUGAAUUCGUGAGGGCAAUGGAACAUGUGGCGGUCGAGCAUCACGAUCCACCGGCUACCUGUGUCCAACUUGGGCCUCAAAAGACGACAGUUCUGCAUAUAGCAACGAGCUUUGGGCAUCACGAAAUUGUUAAACUUAUAUGCAAGGAUUUAUCUUUCUUGGUUGCUGACAAGAAUGCGAGAGGAGAUACCGCACUCCACAUUGCAGCAAGAGCUGGAGAUUUACUGAUGGUGCAGCUAUUAAUUCAUUCAGAUUACAAAGAAGGUGGCUUAGGAGAAAAGAAUGAGAAAGGCAAUACGGCUCUACACGAAGCUUUGAGAUGUGGCCACGAGGAAGUGGCUCUAAUUUUAAUCAAGAAGAACCCAAAUAUGCUGUAUUCGCUUAACAAGGAAGGCAAGUCUCUGCUGUAUCUGGCCGCAGAAGCAGGAUUUGUCACCAUUGCCAAGCUCCUAUUAGAGAAUCCUGUGGGUAAUUACAAUGUUGGAGGAAAAACCGAAAACAAGUCACCAGUUUUUGCUGCAAUCCUUGGUAGAAACAUCGAUGUUUUAAAUUUACUGUGGGAAAGGGACCAAUCGUCCUUCCAGCUAAGAAGUGGGAAUGGAAAGAAUCCUCUUCAUGUUGCUGUAUGCACCGAACAUACGGAUGGAGUAAACUUCUUAUUGAACAAACAUCAUUACUUUGCUUACCAGAAAGACAAACGGGGAUUCUUCCCCAUUCAUUCGGCAGCCCAGAAAGGCUUUAUUGACAUAAUCAAAUUGAUUCUUCAUAAUCGCCCAGAUACACGGGAACUACUGGCUACGCGUGGACAAAACAUACUUCAUAUUGCAGCUAGAAGUGGAAAGUACAAAAUUGUGGAAUUUAUGCUCAAAAUGCCAGAGCUGGAGAAGCUUAUUAACGAAAAAGAUGCGGACGGAAAUACACCUUUGCAUUUGGCAACGAUUUACGGGUAUCCCAAGUUGGUGUACACUCUAAUAAGGGAUGAAAGAGUGAUUCUUGAGCUGGUAAACAAUAACCAUCAGACAGCACUUGACAUUGCUGCAGAACAUAUGGAACUAGAAAUGGCAUCGUUUCAGAAGCGGCUAACAUGGAUGGCUUUGAGAGUUAUUCGUGCCCCACAAGCACGUCAAACAAAGAAUUUCAAAAGUGCAAGUUUCAGGGUAGGGAACCAGACAGAAAAAGAAAGUUGGAACGAUAAGAUCAAUGUAUUUCUGCUGGUGGCAACAGUUGUUGUAACGGUGACAUUUACUGCAGGAUUCACCAUUCCCGGUGGCUAUGACAAUACAAAUCCUGACCAGGGCAUUACGACCAUGUUAGAAAAAGUGAAGUUUCAGGUAUUUGUGAUUUGUGACACAUUGGCAAUGUACAGCUCCAUCAGUGUUGCUGUUAUUCUCUUAGGGGCACAGCUGGGAGAUACUAGUUACACGCAUGUUGCCUUAAAAUUGGCUGUUCCACUACUCGGAAUAGCCCUUGCCAUGAUGUCUAUAGCAUUCAUGGCAGGAGUAUACCUUGUAGUGAGCAAACUCAGUUGGCUUGCUAAUGUUGUGUUGUUCAUGGGCACUAACUUUGUCAUUGCACUCACGGUACUCCUUAUUCCACUCUGUUUCAUAGGAUUAUCAAAUUACCGCGUCUACUAUUACAUCUAUUAUUAUCCAUUGCUCCUGGUAUUAUACACAGUUGGUACCUAA